AACUACACUCACCAGAGGGCAGCUGUCGUCGUUUCCCGUUCGGAGGUUUCGCAAAGCGAAGGCAGAAGUCACUCGAAAAGGAUUAGCCAAGCGCCGAAAUCUUUCUAGAUGUUGGAAUUCGCUGUAAAUGGGCCACUUUAACCAGCACUGACCCACACAGAUUUUUUGCUGCUCUGACGUGCCAUAAAGUGCCAUGGCUAUCCUGUUUGCGGUGGUGGCUCGUGGGACCACUAUCCUGGCCAAACACGCCUGGUGUGGGGGCAAUUUCCUGGAGGUGACGGAACAAAUUUUGGCCAAAAUCCCUUCAGAGAACAACAAGCUGACCUACAGCCAUGGAAGCUACCUGUUCCACUACAUUUGCCAUGACAGAAUCAUAUAUCUGUGUAUUACUGAUGAUGAUUUUGAGAGAUCGCGAGCGUUCACCUUUCUCAGUGAAGUGAAGAAACGCUUUCAAACAACAUAUGGGUCCAGAGCACAGACUGCCCUUCCUUAUGCCAUGAACAGUGAAUUCUCCUCAACACUGGCAGCUCAGAUGAAGCAUCAUUCAGAUCCACGGGGAACAGAUCGCCUCACUGAAACACAGAUGCAGGUGGAUGACUUGAAGGGAAUUAUGGUUCGCAACAUUGAUUUGGUUGCUCAGAGAGGGGAAAAGCUUGAGCUGCUGAUUGACAAGACAGAAAAUCUUGUUGAUUCAUCAGUCACAUUUAAGACUACAAGUCGAAACUUGGCACGAGCAAUGUGUAUGAAGAACCUGAAGCUUUUUGUUCUGAUCUUGUUAGUGUCUUUGGUGAUCAUAUACAUUAUUGUUUCUGCUUCAUGUGGAGGUCUUGCUUGGCCAAACUGUGUCAAAAAAUGAGUGGACUUUGGAGGCCAUGGAGAGAGGGGAACAAAAAGUGAAAGCAUUGGUUUAACGCUGACUUCAAAUGAACAACAUUAAAAGCUAUUACAAUCUAGCUUUAAAUUCAAUGAAAAAUACAAUGGUCCUUCCCAGUGUCCUCUUUAAAUGCACAUCUACAGAUUGCCUUCUGGAGUCCCAAAUAACUACCACAGUUAUGAAUCAAUGGAACUACACUUGUCUUAUGCUUACCCAGUACGCACACCGGGUCAGGCUGAUGUAUUGGUUUGUUGUAUGACCACCUAUCUAUGUAUACAUUCAUGACAUCCAUGGGAAAACCUCACUGUGGACGACAUUGGUACUAGCAAAAUGCCUGGUGGAUGCAAAGAUUUAACACGACUUGCUAAUGUGGGUACCAUAUCAUUACAGUUUCUUGAGUGAGAUAGUCAUUUGCAGUACAUCUUCAAUGAGAAAACCCUUUGUUUUAUUACCAAGCACAGUCUUCAUCAGUAGAUAUGGUAUAAUUAGAAAUGAUUUCACAAAUAAAUUGUAAAUUAUUGUAAUCAAUAUUAAUCUGUUUGAAAGGUGCCAUAGUUAUUUUAAAUUAAGACAGACUUCUCUGGGACUUUUCUCUUUGAAGCAGGUAGGAUCUUUUCUUCAUUAGUCCUUCAUCAGUCAGUAACAUGUAGUGUCUUCAUGUUUAUUCUGUUUAACAAUGCACUUUUACAUUGUAAAUAUGUAUGCUUCCACCCUUGUGGUUUAUAAUUGUGUAAUUAUUAAAUUAUUGUACAUUCAGAUUUCAAUUAAUAAAAUCUGGUCAUAUUAGA